GCCUUUUUAGCCAAUCAUGUGUUUGUUGUGGUACCAACCCAUAAAGCCAACAAAGAAGGGUCCGUGUACUUUGACACUCGGAUCAUGACAGCACCCAUCUACUCUCUUCCACUUCGCUUCUUUCCACGCUUUUGACGAAUGUCAUGGAGUUUAAUAAUCUGUCCGUGGUGCUGCAUUCUCCGGGAGAUCUCAGGCUGGAGAAGCGCCAUGUUCAGGAGCCGGGGCCUCAUGAGGUCCUGAUCCAGAUGCACUCGGUGGGCAUCUGCGGCUCCGACGUGCACUACUGGCAGAACGGCCGCAUCGGCGACUUUGUGCUCACCAAGCCAAUGGUGCUGGGUCACGAAGCGGCGGGUCGGGUGGUCAAGGUGGGCUCGGCGGUCAAGCACCUUCAAGUCGGUGACCGAGUCGCCAUUGAACCAGGUGUCCCCCGAGAAAUGGACGAGUUUUUCAAAAACGGACGCUACAACUUGUCCCCGUCUAUCUUUUUCUGCGCCACGCCGCCCGAUGAUGGCAACCUGUGCCGAUACUACACGCACAGCGCUAACUUCUGCUACAAGUUGCCUCACAAUGUGACAUACGAGGAGGGUGCGCUGAUUGAACCGCUGUCCGUGGGCAUCCACGCCUGCCGCAGGGCCGGCGUGACACUCGGCAGCACCGUGCUGGUGUGUGGUGCAGGGCCAAUCGGGUUGGUCUGUCUGCUUGUAGCCAAGGCGAUGGGGGCUGCACAGGUUGUCAUUUCAGACCUCUUCCCCGAGCGUCUGGCCAUGGCCAAGGAGUUGGGGGCGGACUUCCAGAUGCUGGUGAAGAGAGGGGAUGAACCCCAGCAGUUGGCCAAGAGGGUGGAGGACAUGCUGGGGGAGCAGCCUCACAUCACCGCUGAAUGUAGCGGUGUCGAGAGCAGUAUUCAGACUGCUAUCUACGCCACCCGUCCAGGAGGCGUAGUGGUGACGGUGGGUCUCGGGUCCCAAAUGACCACCAUUCCUCUUGUCAGCGCGUCUAUCCGAGAAGUCGACAUCAGAGGCGUCUUCCGCUACUGCAACACCUGGCCUAUGGCCAUCGCCAUGUUGGCGUCGGGAAAAGUCAACGUGAAGCCUCUGGUCACUCAUCGCUUCCCCCUGGAGCAGGCGGCCCAGGCGUUUGAGACCACACGUCAGGGUACGGGAAUAAAGGUCAUGUUGAAGUGUGACCCCAAUGACCAGAAUCCCUAAACACUGAAUCCACUAAGUGAGUUAUUGUUAACCAUUAGUGACACAUUUGAUCAAUUAUAAUACAUAUAUUACAAAUUAUUUUACAUUUUUUAAAAAAUAAAUUUGAUUAAUUUGUCUUAACUUGAAUUUGUGGUGAUACUAUUUGGAUGGUAAGACACCACCCGCAUUCCUUAAUUAGCACCAGAAGGGGGCACCAGAGCAUCAAAUUACCAUCUACACCAGGGGUGGGCAGGGCCGCAUUGAUUGAACAAAAUUGGGGGGGGGCAGACUCUAUAUUUUACACCUAACAGUCCACCUGGAAUUAUUGUAUCUGUAAAAGUGUCAUGCAAUCUGCUAUAUGUGCACUUUGCGCUAUGAAUUUAUAAUAAUAGUAAAUUUAUUAUUAUUAUUAUAUAUUUUUGUAUUAUUUAUUAUUUAUUAUUUUGUUUGAUUUGUUUCGACGUUCUUUCGACUAUCAUGUUCGGUGUUAGCAUGCUAACAUUAGCACAAUAGCAUUUUUUUUAGCUCGACACAUAUAUAUAAAAAAUUGGCACAUUUAUAUGUUUGCAUGCUAAUGUUAGCAUUGCUAGCAUGUUAACAUUGGCAUCGUAGCAUUUGUAACCAUUUUCAUAGGUAGACAGAUAUAUAAAGAGUUAGCACUAUCAUGUUCGGUGUUGGCAUGCUAACAUUAGCACAAUAGCAUUUUUUUAGCUCGACACAUAUAUAAAAUAUUGGCACUAUUAUAUAUUUGCAUGCUAAUGUUAGCAUUGUUAGCACGUUAACAUUGGCAGAGUAGCAUUUUUAGCCGUUUUCAUAGGUAGACAGAUAUAAAGACUAGCACUAUCAUGCUCAUUGUUAGCAUGUUAGCAUGAGUGUGAAUGGUUGUAUACGUUUGCAUGCUAAUGUUAGCAUUGCUAGCACGUUAACAUUGGCAGAGUAGCAUUUUUAGCCGUUUUCAUAGGUAGACAGAUAUAAAGACUAGCACUAUCAUGCUCAUUGUUAGCAUGUUAGCAUGAGUGUGAAUGGUUGUAUACGUUUGCAUGCUAAUGUUAGCAUUGCUAGCACGUUAACAUUGGCAGAGUAGCAUUUUUAGCCGUUUUCAUAGGUAGACAGAUAUAAAGACUAGCACUAUCAUGCUCAUUGUUAGCAUGUUAGCAUAAGUAUGAAUGGUUGUAUAUGUUUGCAUGCUAAUGUUAGCAUCACUAGCACAUUAACAUUGGCAUCGCAGCAUUUUUAGCCAUUUUCAUAGGUAGACGGAUAUAAAGACUAGCACUAUCACGCUCAUUGUUAGCAUGUUAGCAUGAGUGUGAAAGGUUGUUUGUCUAUAUGUGACCUGUGAUUGGCCUCUCGCCGCUACUCACCUUGCCCUCACAAUUAGAGCGGGGCCUAUUCUGCUAAUAUAACAGUAUUUAAUGAUUAAUGAUUGGAUGUGUUGUUGCUAUAAGGAGAUCUAAAGUUAUUUUUUGUUAGUAUUUUUAUAUAUGAAGACCUAACAUGUUUUGCCCCAAUGCGAGACCGAAGCUCCAGUCCCAAAACAAUCAUGGAGGUUUUAUCUCCAGUUUUAUUACCUUUGCCACAAUGACAUGAUACAACAUUACGAGGCAUGCACACAGAUCAUGUUAGAACGCGAUUAAAUGGAGUACAGUGCAUCGUUAAAAAGCCUUACUCGCUGCGGUAAGACCUUUUUUUUUUUGUUUUUUUUGCCCCCUGUCACAGUGUGAUUCUUACUUCCUAGAUCCCAGCGUCCAAUGCCGGAGUGGGAGGAUGUUUGCAGUGACCAAAACCCUCUCUUCCGACAUGAUUAGCACAAUACUUGACGAGUUUGUUUUCAUUAUGUACACACAUUCAAAUACUUGGCAUGGCAAUGGAACGGCUCACGUUACAGUUUUACAUUCACUUCAGUCAGGAACACCAAAGAUCAACACACGCGUGUACGCCACAGGAAGCAGACGUGAUGCAUUCAACCAACUUGUGUUAUUGUUAUUUUGACGAGUGGAUGAUAUUUAGAAAAGUAUGGAAGACCCUUUCCGACAAAUGGAAGGAAGUCACAAUUAUGAGAUAAAAAGUAUGAAUGAGAUGGGAAAGUCAGAACUGUGGAAAAAAAAGUGAAUAUUUUGAGUGACAAGAAGGCAACUCAUAAUUUCACUUUUUAUCUCAUAAUUGGCUUUUUAUAUCACAAUAAUUUGUUUUUUUUAGCUCAUAUUUAUGACUUUUUAUGUCCUAUAUAUGAUGUUUUAUUUUAUUUUUUCUCAAUUAUAAUUUUUUAUCUCAGAAUUUUGACUUUUUUGUCGUAAAUUUGACUUUGUAAUCAUAAUUUUGAAUUUUCAUGGCAUAUUUUUGACUUUUUAUCUCAAUUGGGAAUUUAUAUCAUAAUUGUGACUUUUUAUUUCUGAAUCCUUAGUUUUUAUCAUACAUAUAUAUAUAUAUAUAUAUAUAUAUACAUAUACAUAUACAUAUAUAUACAUAUAUAUAUAUAUAUAAGAGUUUGUAUCUCAAUUAUGGAAUUCUAUCUCAUAAUUAUGACAUUUGUAUCUGUACUUUUGUGACUUUUUAAUCAGAAUUUUGACUUUUCAUGACAUAUUUUUGACUUUUAAUUUCAAUUUAUUGAAUUCAAAUUUAUUAAUUUCGAUUUUUCAUGUCCUAUUUAUGAUGUUUUAUUUUAGAAUUUUUACUUUUUAUGUCAUAUUUAUGGCAUUUUACCUAAUAAAUGUGACUUUUUUUUCUCAAUUAUAAUUUUUUAUCUCAGAAUUUUGACUUUUUUAUGUCGUAAAUUUGACUUUUUGACUUUUUAAUCAUAAUCAUAACGUUUUAAUCAUAAUUUUGAAUUUUCAUGGCAUAUUUUAUUUUUAUUUUUUUUGACUUUUUAUUUCUGAAUUCUUAGUUUUUAUCUUUUCUUAGUUUUUAUCAUUUGUAUCUAAAAACCUUGACUUUUGUGACUUUUUAAUCAUAAUUUUGACUUUUCAUGUCAUAUUUUUGACUUUUAAUCUCAAUUAUGAAUUUAUACGUCAUAGUUAUGGCUUUAUAUUUCAGAAUUAUUAGUUUUUACCUCAUAUAUAUGACUUUUUAUCUCAAUUAUGGAAUUCUAUCUCAUAAUUAUGACAUUUGUAUCAAGACACUUUGACUUUUGUGAAUUUUUAUGUCAUAAUUUUGGCUUUUAAUCUCAUAAUUUUGACAUUUUCAUGUAAGAAUGUUGACUUUUUGUCUCAUACAUGCGACUUUUAUAGAGUUAUUACCUCAUCAUUUGGACUUUUUAACUCAAUUGUGAUUUUUUUAUCUCAGAAUUUUGACUUUUUUUAUGUCGUAAAUUUGACUUUUUAAUCAUAAGUUUGAAUUUCCAUGGCAUAUUUUUGACUUUUUUUUUAUCUCAAUUGUGAAUUUCUAUCAUAAUUGUGACUUUUAAUUUCUGAAUUCUUAGUUUUUAUCUUUUAUAUAUGCGUAUAUAUAUAUGACUUUGUAUCUCAAUUAUACAUGCAACUUUAUUAACUUUAUUAUCUCAUAAUUUGGACUUUAUCUUAUAGUUUUAUCUCAUAAUUAUGACUUUUUGUAACUGUAACUGUAAUGUUUUAGCUCCUAAUAUUGACUUUUUUUUCCUAAUAUAUGACUUUCUUAGAUUCACAAAUUCAACUUUAUUCCAUAUUCACGUCUUUUUAUCUCACAAUCGUGACCUACCGUCGGGAUCUAUUUUCCCUUUCCAGUGUCGGAAGCGGACUUCCAUGGAAAAAGUCUGCCAAGGCGGGCGUGUAUUGCCAUGUUAAAUAAAGUGGAACAUACACUACAUAUGGCCUAUAUGGUGAAUGUCGCCAUUGGCGUCGUCAUCAGUCUGUGCUCAAAGACUAGAUAGGACAGCUCUGGUCCUACGCCCAUAUAUGGCAUUUCUUCCUGCACACACCAGUUUCAUUCACUAAUCCACAUUAAGAUUCAUCCGCUUAGCAGGUUUCAAUGGAUUCGACCUCAAACCAUCAAAAACCACUUCCUGCUUGGCAGCGGGACGGAAGAGUUCAGUAAAAAUGUACAACGACGCUCCGUCCACAGGAAAUAAAUAAUCAAGGGGAAGGAAUCUGGCCUUUACGUGCAUGAGUAUAAAAAAAUAGUAAGUCUUUUUGACGUCACUGAUGGGGAAACGAGAGCACAAACGAGAUGUUUUUUUUUUUUUUUUAACGAUGGGACAAACAAAAAAAGGCGACAAUU